GACAGCGACGAUGACUCGGCUGCGCAGGAAAGCCCUCGUGGCUCUUUUCCUCUUCACGCUCUUCAUUUUCGGGGCCAUGAUGGGACUCAGGACGCUGAAGCCCACCGACGGCUUCUCGGACCUGGCCCCCGGCAUGGACUUCGUCGGGGAGAGAUCCGACCGGGGCCGGCUGGACGUGAAAGCCGCGGCGGCGUUGGUGGUGUCGCCGGGCCAGUUCCACGUGGGCAGCAGUGACACUAAGGUGGUUUUCACCAAGUCGGAUCGAGACUACAGCAUUUUCUACGACGUGCACAUCUUCUACUACCUGUGGUAUGGCUCUCCCAGCAUGGACAACAAGUACAUCCACUGGGAUCACGUGCUGGUGCCACACUGGGACCCCAAGAUCGCAGCCAGUCAUGCCCAAGGAAGGCACGUGCCUCCAGAAGAUAUUGCCUCAAGUUUUUACCCCGAGUUGGGACCCUACAGCUCCAGGGACCCAACGGUCCUGGAGUCACACAUGGCCCAGAUAGAGGCAGCUGCAGCAGGGGUGCUGGUGUUGUCCUGGUAUCCCCCCGGGGUGGCCGACGACCACGGGGAGCCCACCGAGGACCUGGUUCCCGCUGUCAUGGACGCCGCCCACAGGCACAGCAUCAAGGUGGCCUUUCACAUGCAGCCAUACAAAGGGAGGACGGACCAGAGCACGCAUGACAACAUCAAGUACAUUAUUGACAAGUAUGGAAAUCACGGCGCCUUCUACAGAUUCAAAUCCACCACGGGGCGAGUCCUGCCUCUGUUUUACGUCUAUGACUCCUACCUGAUGGCGCCAGAGUCCUGGGCGGAGCUCCUGACGGCCCAGGGCUCCCACAGCGUCCGGGGCACGCCUUACGACGGCGUCUUCGUCGCCCUCAUCGUGGAAGAGCGCCACAAGCACGACAUCCUGGCCAGCGGCUUCGACGGCAUAUACACCUACUUUGCCUCCAACGGCUUCUCCUUUGGCUCGUCCCACCAGAACUGGAAGACCAUCAAGGCGUUCUGCGACGCCAACAAUCUGCUGUUCGUUCCCAGCGUCGGUCCGGGGUACGUGGACACGUCCGUUCGGCCGUGGAACAACCACAACACCAGGAACCGGGUUAAUGGACGCUACUACGACACGUCCCUGCAGGCGGCGCUGUCCGUCAGACCGGAAAUCGUCACCAUCACUUCCUUUAACCAAUGGCACGAAGGCACGCAGAUAGAGAAGGCCGUGCCCAAGAAGACCGUGACCCGCUUGUACCUGGACUACCAACCCAACCUAGCGGACCACUACUUGGAGCUCACGCGCCAGUGGGCCGAGAACUUCAACAAGGAGAAGGACAAGUGGCUGAUGUGA